GAAACCAGGUUGCCGGGGGUUUCACCCGACAGUGGUAGUCCAGCGGUUCGGCUUCUGCGAGUUGGCGGUGGCGAUGGGGUUCUGGGAGUAGUUCCCGAGCCUGCAGGCGCCGGCCGCCCCCCGAACUAGAGCCCUCCGCUCCCGGGCGGCCCACGGCCAGCUCUGAUAUCUUGGGGUGAAGCGGACUGGGGGCUCAGAGAAGGAAAGGGAGGAGCUCUCACCCUGGGAGUUGGGAAGAAGGGAUCGGGUCUGGGGGGGAAAGAAUGGGCUCCACGGCUAUGCUUAUAGAAGGAGCAGAAGGUGGAUCUUAGACAAACAAUCCCACCUUCUCCAAGCGAUUCCGAAGACAUUUGUGUCUGAUUUCUUGCUGCUCUGUGCAUACGGUGGCCCGGGAUAGUUCCGUGUUUUUAUUUUCACUGAUGUGAAAGGGGAGAUGUUAAUUACCCAGGAAUGUAUUGAUGUAUGACUUGAAAAUAAUAUAUUGCUUGAGUCGUGUAAUCAAGCACAUUUACUAGUAUACUAAAGAGAAAAAUAAGCAGUAUUUUAAAAGCAGACCAGGGUUUCUGUCACAACCCGGUGAUCACCACCUUUGCCUUAACCUUUGGCUACUGUCUGUCGCUAAGAUGAGCACCCACCGUUCCUCUCCUUUUGACCCUGAGCUUCGAGUCCGGAGCACACUGAAGAAAGUCUUCGGGUUUGACUCUUUUAAGACACCUUUGCAGGAGAGUGCGACCAUGGCUGUGGUGAAAGGCGACAAGGAUGUUUUCGUGUGCAUGCCCACAGGGGCAGGAAAAUCCCUCUGCUAUCAGCUCCCUGCCCUGUUGGCCAAAGGCAUCACCAUCGUCAUCUCUCCCCUCAUUGCAUUGAUUCAGGACCAGGUGGACCACUUGCUGGCCCUGAAGGUGCGAGUGAGGUCCCUGAACUCGAAGCUCUCGGCGCAGGAGAAAAAGGAGCUGCUCUCCGACCUGGAGCAGGAGCAGCCCCAGACCAAGCUCCUGUACAUCACGCCGGAGAUGGCGGCCUCCGCCUCCUUCCAGCCCACCCUGAACUCCCUGGUGUCCCGCCACCUGCUCUCCUACCUGGUGGUGGAUGAAGCUCAUUGUGUUUCCCAGUGGGGACACGACUUCCGUCCCGACUACUUGCGCCUGGGUGCCCUGCGCUCCCGCCUGGCGCAUGCCCCGUGUGUGGCUCUGACCGCCACAGCCACCCCGCAGGUCCGGGAGGACGUGUUUGCUGCUCUGCACCUCAAGCAGCCGGUUGCUGCCUUCAAGACGCCCUGCUUCCGGGCCAAUCUCUUCUACGACGUGCAGUUCAAGGAGCUGCUUUCUGAUCCCUACGCGAACCUGAGGGACUUCUGCCUUAAGGCGCUUGGCCAGAAGGCUGGGAAAGGGGUGCUGUCCGGCUGCGGCAUCGUCUACUGCAGGACCAGGGAGGCUUGUGAACAGCUGGCCAUAGAGCUCAGUUACAGGGGGUUGAGUGCCAAGGCCUACCACGCAGGGCUGAAGGCCUCUGAAAGGACGCUGGUGCAGAACGAGUGGAUGGAGGAGAAGGUCCCUGUCAUUGUUGCCACCAUCAGUUUUGGGAUGGGAGUGGACAAAGCCAACGUCAGGUUCGUCGCCCACUGGAACAUUGCCAAGUCCAUGGCCGGGUACUACCAGGAGUCUGGCCGGGCGGGCCGGGACGGGAAGCCUUCCCGGUGCCGCCUCUAUUACUCCAGGAGCGACCGGGACCAAGUCAGCUUCCUGAUCAGGAAGGAAGUAGCAAAACUCCAGGAAAAGAGGGGGAACAAAGCAUCUGAUAAAGCCGCCCUCCAGGCCUUUGAGGCCUUGGUGACCUUCUGUGAAGAACUGGGGUGCCGCCACGCUGCCAUUGCCAAGUACUUUGGGGAUGCACCCCCCGCCUGCACCAGAGGCUGCGACCACUGCCAGAACCCCGCGGCCGUGCGGAAGCAGCUGGACACCUUGGAGCGCAGCAGCAGCUGGAGCAAGACCUGCAUGGGGCCCUCCCAGGGCAACGGCUUCGACCCUGAGCUGUAUGAGGGCGGCCGCAGGGGCUACGGCGGCUUCAGCAGGUAUGACGAAGGCUCUGGAGGCAGCGGGGACGAGGGCAGAGAUGAGGCCCACAAGCGGGAAUGGAACCUCUUCUACCAGAAGCAGAUGAGGCUGCGCAAGGGCAAAGACCCCAAGACAGAAGAAUUUGUACCCCCAGGUCAGUAUGGGGGGCUAUGGGCUGUUUCCAGGGUGUGGAUGGAGGAUGCCUCCUUGGGGGGUUGGGGACUCCAGAGAGUAGAAGGCAGAGUGGAGAGCCUCCCCCUCCCCCCAGAUGAGGACUGUCCCCUGAAAGAGGCUUCUAGCAGGAAGAUCCCCAGGCUCACUGUGAAGGCCCGUGAGCACUGCCUGGGGCUGCUGGAGGAGGCUCUGAGCAGUAACUGCCAGGCUGCAGGUGCCACUCAUGGACCUGACCUGCAGGCCAAGGCUGUGGAGCUAGAACAUGAGAUGUUCCGAAAUGCCAAGGCUGCCAACCUGUACAAGGCCAGCGUGCUGAAGAAGGUGGCCGAGAUCCAUAGAACCUCCAAGGAUGGGCAGCUCUACCACCCGGCAGGCGGAGCCAAGAGCUGCAGUGCCCAGGCCGAGCCCACCGAGCACGACAUCCUGCCGGCCUCCCAGGUGUACUCGCUCAAACCCAAGCGGGUGGGAGCCGGUUUCCCCAAAGGCUCCAUCCCAUUCCAGACGGCCUCACAGCUGAUGGAGGAGAUGAGGGCUGGGGGGCAGGCCCCGCGGCCUGAGCAGGAGCCCCCCAGCCAGCCCCGUGGCCUCCAGGAUGAGGAAAGCAGUGAGCCUGUCCCCGGGCUCAGAGAGGCCCCCGGAAGCAGUGCUCAUUGUGGGGGCCCCUCGGGGGGCAGUCCCGCGGCCAAGGCCCGGGCCAACAAGCAGCAGCAGCUCCUGGCCGCUGCGGCUCUCAAGGACUCUCAGAACAUCGUCCGCUUCUUCUGCCAAAGGGCCGAGAGCCCGCCUGCCCUGGCUUCAGCCCCAGGGCCGGAAGGUGCCAGCCCUUCCUGUGCUGGGGUGCGGGGACCCCUGGCUGCGGCCCCAGACACAUGCACCGGGGAGGAGGCUGGAGCCCGGGGGCGUUCGGCCGCCCGCCCCCAGACAGAGUGCACCGAGGAGGGGCCAAGUGCCUGCCCACUGCGAGACCCGGGGCCCCCUGAAGGCCAGCUCACCCCCCCAGAGGGGACACUGAGGGGCAAGCGGCCCAGGCCCCAGCAGGAGAACCCGGAGAGCCAGGCGCGGAAGAGGCCUCACCCCUCAGCCGGUGCCUCCGUUUUAGCCGAGGCCAAUGACAACAUCCUGGCCAGUGGUCAGAGCACCAUAAGCCCCACGGCCCAGGGCUCCUGCCAGCUCCCAGCCCCAGGCACCUCCCUGAAGGUGGCUGCGAACAUUGUGGUCAAGUGCCUGACCCCUUUCUACAAAGAGGGCAAGUUUGCCUCCAAGGACCUGUUCAAAGCCUUCGCCCGCCACCUCUCCCACGCGCUGGCUCAGGAGCCCUCUCCCAGGAGGAGCGUGAAGGAAGAGGCCCAGCACCUCAUCAGGCAGUUCUUCCGGGGCCGGGCCCGGUGCGAGAGCGAAGCUGACUGGCACGGCCUGUGUGACCUGCAGAGGUGACCGACUGCUGCCCAGCGGGGCCAGUGUCCGCCCCCGACUCUACCGUGGGCCAGCGGGGCCUGACUCAGGAAUGGGAAGGCGGACAGGCCUGCGGCCGCAGGGCAUCUCUUUCCUCAGGGUCCUUCCCCCUUCCAGCCACACCUUGCUGUGGAGAUGGCCCCGGACACCUCCCAAAUCAAGGUCAGAGGCCAGAGUCAGCCCAGCUUCCUAUGUACUUGCCAGGCCUGAGGCCCUCUCUCUCCUGGCCUCAUGGAGCCCCACCUUAGAAGGACCUGGGUGGGGUGGCUGCUGCCAGGGGCACAGGAAGAAGAAACGGUCCCUCCACCUCUUGUACCCGAGUUGUAAGCUGGGGGAGGCCCGCGCUCCAGGGGCAGAGCUGUGGGAAGAGGCAGCGGCCGGCCCUGCUUCUCGGCUCCUGCUCGGGAAGGCGAGGCCGGGCUGGGCCGGGCCGAGGCGCCUCCCGGAGGAAUAAAGUCUGUUCUGACACAU